AUGAUCUACGUAUCGUUUAAGGCAGCGUUUGUUUUUAGUGAGCCCGUGAUCGGAGACGAAGGAGGAGGGAUUUUCCGAUCAGAGGAAGUGGCUCUGUUUGUAUGUUCUUCGGUCUUAGCCAUCGGUCACAUCGUUGUGGCGUACCGAACAAGUUGUAGAGAGAGAAGAAAGUUACUCGUCUUCAAAAUCGACAUCGAAUCCAAAGGUCCAAAGGAUAAAUCUGUAAAGGAGGGAAGAACAGAUAACGAAUGGGGCUAA